AUGCUUCGAACGGAGCCAAUGCUUUUUGGCGUUUCGAAAGAUAUCAGACGUGAAAUACGAGCGACUUUAAAUCGAAAUUUUGCAAGUGUGAUACUAAAACUGCAUUCCGUAAGUGAAGCAAAAAUGGAAGACGGCGAUCACGGAAAAGAGAAACGCGGAUUUUGGAGGAAACGAAUCAAAUUUCGUGGCAUAUGUCGAUCAAAUCGAGUUUUCGGUAUGCUACUUGUUGAUUGGAUUUUUCUCGCCACUUUGGGCGUGGCUAUGGCUGUACUUUCUUUAAUUCUGGAUUAUAGCGUCGAUAAAUUACAAACCUGUAAGUGUGAGCAAUAUCAAGAAAUCGUUAUACUUCGAAAGAAGCUUGCAUGA